UCUAGUGGUCUCAUCCCACCACAGGGACAGGGAGAUGAAGAAGGAGCUGUGAUCCUCUCCUGGUUCCUCAGCUCUAUCUGUGCAUGCUCCAGGAGGAAGAGGCAGCCAAAGUCUUCAGUCUCAUCUACACACACAGACACAGCUCAGGCAUUCCACCUCGUCCCUGGAAAUCAAUCACAUCACCAGCUCCCAACAACGUGACAGGGCAAGGAGGAUCGAGCUGCACAGUGUCAGUCCUGCCAGAGAGAAGAGCGAACGGGGCUUGGAUGUAUUCACUUUGUGCUGAGGAUCCCAUCCAAGAGCAGCAGGGCAUCGGUGCAGCAGCCGGGAUGAAGUCUGAGGACAGAGCAUUGUUUACUGAGACUUACUGCAAAAUCUGCAAUGCGCAGUUAAUAUCCGAGUCUCAGAGGGUUGCACAUUACGAGAGCAAGAAACACGCCAACAAAGUCCGACUUUAUUACAUGUUACAUCCAGAGGAUGGAGGGCCUCCAUCGAAAAAGCUUCGCCCAGAUGAUCCAGAAAGUGAUGAGACUGAAGUGGAUAAAAACAAAUGCUGCACCCUCUGCAACAUGUUUUUCACAUCUGCAAUUGUUGCUGAAUCCCAUUACCAAGGAAAGACUCACGCCAAAAGAGUGAAGCUAGUCCUUGGGGAAUCUCCAGACAUUCCAGCUCGAGCAGAACCUGUGCAGGAGAACCCUGACCAAGCAGAAAUCGCUCUCGAAGAAGAAGAAGACACUUUGUGGAACUUCAAUAUUGGAAGUGAAUCACGGAAAUUCUGUGACCUCUGCAGAGCUUGGUUUAACAACCCGAUGAUGGCCCAGCAACACUAUGAAGGCAAGAAGCACAAGAAGAACGCAGCACGGGCUAGGCUGCUACAACGGCUUGGAGAGACUUUGGACUCAGAGGCGCUGGAAGCAUUACGGAGUAGCUAUUCUUGCAACAAAUGCAAUAUGGUACUAAAUUCGGUGGAGCAGUAUCAUGCACAUCUCAAGGGCGCACGGCAUCAGAACAACGCCAACAAUAACUCUGACGGAAGCAAGUUAAACGGGCAAAGAAAUCUCCAGGAUUCUGCUGACGCACAAACGCAGCCAAGGAGCAACUACCACAACAGGAAUAACAUACAGAAACGGCUGGUUAAAGAGGUGGGAAAAGACAAUGACAGCGGGAGAAGCUCUUUGAGUCCACCACAAGUCCCAGACGAAACGGAGCAUUGCUGUCCAGACAACAACUUCUACCCCGUCAUGGUCGGACAGGAAAGUCGCAUUUUGUGCUGAGGAUGUCACACACACACACACACACAUGCACACACUACAUGGACUUAUUUCUAAUACGUACAGCACAAGAAAGGGCUUAGUUUUUUUUUUUUUCUUAAACGAUCACUUGGAAGUAGCAGAUUUACAUGCAUGGAUUAAAUACAAGGAUCUCAGCCAAGUUCUACAACCAUGGAUAUAUU